GGCCGUCACGGAGCGGUGUGCCGAUGGGUAGAUAUCAGUUUGUACGAAGAGUUGCGACGAUACUUAUUUGUUACGCAACGUUUACUACGACUGCGUCUUUUGAUCGCAUCUUGUUCCAAAGGAUGUUGCUGUUCUGUCCAUGGAAAGAGAAAGGGUAAAGUGACGUCUUACCGCUAUCAAGAAAAAAAGAGAGUGAUAAGGAUGCAGGCACAAAGUUUCCUUUACGCACGAUAGACGCGUCUGAGUGCAAGUGGCGUGAGGUAUCGCAGAGUGGCAUCAGGCCACACCGAAAUUCCAUAUUGCUGAAAGAUCGGUGUAAUGGCAUGGAUCAUAAGUAAGGGAAGAUGGCACCUCGAGUUCAGCUAGACGAACGAAUACACAUUGUGCGCUUAUUUCUAGAAGGCGUGUUUCAGGGUGAAAUUGUCGUCGAACCAAUAGGAGUCGAACUGCUUUGGUUAAGAUAAUACAAGCUUUCCGUGAAGACGGUAUACAUUCACAUAUGCCGAGCGCAGUGGACGUACAAGGGCCACGACUGAGGAAGAGUACCGCCUGAUUACUGCCGCAGUCGUGAAUGAAGCCUUUCGAAGAGCGAAAGAUAUCCUCGAAGCACUCUCUCUCACGGCAUCGUCGGGCACAAUAAGAAGAAGGCUGAGUGAGCUGAGGCUGCACUGUUUAAUAGCAGCGCAGAAGACCAGUUUCUAAAUCAGGCAGUCCCUGGAAAGGCUUACGUUCGCUACUGCCGUAGAAGAUUUGACAGCCGAAGAAUGGGGCGAGGUGAUCUUCCUGGACAAAUCGACUUUUUCCACACGCUGGGACCAGCAGCGGCGUGUUUAGCGUCGGCUAAAUUGCCGUUGCUUUAUCUUACUUGGAAACAACGGUGGAUAACGGAAGAUAACGGUGGAUAACGGAAGCCUGGCUCUCUGGAACGCUUGCAGCACACAUUGGCCGUACUGAGGAUCACACCAAGAGCCAUGCCGAACGAGCCGUCCAGGAAUCCAAGGUACAACUCGGAGCUGUACGUCAACAACGAUGAUCGGCAGCGAGAAUUGAACCUAAAGGUUCUAGACCUGCUUCAGAUGGCAUUUUCGUCUCAAGCCACUGAAUGCCAUCAGUUCCUGGACAUCGGCUGUGGUACCGGAGACUUCACCCGCGACUGGCUCCUUUCGCGUUGUCCACCCUGCAAAAGAAUCAUCGCGGUCGACGCCUCAGAAGAUAUGCUGGCCUAUGCUCGGCAGCAUUGCACGCACCCCAGCAUCGAGUUCGAAUACCUCAACAUCGGUGAUGACGUCAGCAAUUUCGCCAAGAAGUAUGGCAAGUUUGAUCGCAUCUACUCCUUCUUUUGCCUCAACUGGGUCAAGGACCAGGCUCAGGCCAUGAAGAACGUGUCGACGCUGCUGACCUCUCGCGGAGAGUGUCUUCUGGUCUUUCCCGCCUGGUCGCCCACGAGGAUGCUUUGGAGGAAAGUGGCGAAGUUGGAUCGCUGGAGCAAGUUUUCAAAGAUGUUCGAAGGCUUCGUGCCCAAAAGUCAAGACCUGGAGGAUGACGAUGCGAGGAUAUCUUACGCCCAAGAUAUCCUGCGUCGUGCCGGUCUGGAACCCAGCACCUGCGUGCUCCUCUAUGUACAGCCAAACUACGGCAAACCAGAAGCAUACAUAGAUAUGCAGUUAUCCUUGAACCCCGCCUGGUCCUUGGCCACUUCCGAAGAAAGAGAAGCUCUCAGGAACGAUGUCACUGCGGAAGUACUGAAGUGGACCAGCGAGAGCGCGUACUCUGCCAGACCAUCGCUGUAUGUCAUUCACGCAAGAAAGAUAAAAACGUAAACAAUGUAUUAUAACAUACUCUCAUCCAAACAAUUCACAGUGAAAUCCACAAACACGAGGUUUCAGGAGCAUCGAGCUUUUGCCCGUGCUUGCAAAGUUCUGAGAAAUUUCAUUUACUUGGUGCUUUUAUGGAUGGCUGAUGUGACCCCGUAGGUGCUCCGAUGGCUGGAUUAGUCCACCGAGUGAUACUUUAAGAGUUGUGCUGAUGAUCUGCUUGCUUAUGCUCAAAUUAUGGUGUACCGCCGAAAGAUGCAUUGCAACUGAAUGAAAAGUUACUCAGAUUUUUUAAUGUUUCAGAGUGCGAGAAUCAAAAAAGGAAAUGUCCGCGUACGUUAUGCCAAAUAACGUGUACUAGCAUCUGCGGUCACUAAACACAACAAAAACAAGAACACCUUAGAAUGUUAAACCUCAAAGCCUUAAAUUAAGAGAAGCCAUAAUUGACGCGCCAAGUCUCUGAAAAUAUCGUAUUACACGUGGUAAUUAAAAGCAUAUGGUGAAAAACUGACAUGAGCUUGCGACAACAGCGUUGCAGCUAGGGAUGUUCGGUAUGGGGAAAUUUCUUACUGAAUCAAUUGCGAAUAACUCGAGAUAAAUAACCUGCGAGUAUCGAAUCGGAUGUUGACUACUUUCCCAUUUCUAAACGACAUUAAAUAUUAAGCUCUUGCGGAGUCUUUUUAGUAAAAAAAUAAAUUAGGCUUCAAUGCGUUAUUUAUGCAUGCAUGUAAAUAACGCACGGAAGUGGAAGUACGGAUACUGUAGGAGCUUGUACAUGAUAAACAACUGGGCUUCGUUCCCUGGGGCAUCGUGAUAAUGUUGGAAAGUGAAACAAGAGAAAAGCACGCAACCAAAUACAGUGUUGUGUUCGCUGAAGGACGAGAAGUGCCAUAUUAUGAAUCACGGCAUGAUAAAUUAAAGAAGGCAAACAUCGUGAGAGUGGCCAAACAAUCAAUCGAGGCAACAAAUUAGCACGACGGAUGCCUCAAAAGGGCCCAUUCGAUUGAAUGUCGGGAAAUUGUCGAGUAGAAUUAUUCGUUAUCUGCCAUUGCACUCGCCCAGCAACGCAGCAGUUCUCCUGCAGCAGAAUCAGCCAGAGCAGCCCUUACGUCCCUUGAAGUCUCCAAUAAGUGUUUUCAUCUCUCACUUAUUCGAAAGAAACGAGAGUUCGACAGUUUCGAAUAGUUAAUUCUCAAAAUAAAUGCGGAUCGAACAGCAGAUACUACUCGAUUCGUAUUGUAACGGAUACGAAAGGCGCGUACAAGAAGAGAGAAGAGAAGACGAAGAGAACGAGGAGUUUGAGAGGCCGGGCUUCGCUACGAUCACGCUACGAUCAUCGUCCAUCUCCUGUAAAUAAAAACCAUUUCUUCGCAACUCUUCGUAACAAUAUUCAUAAUUUCGAAUGUUUGCGCACGUCCUGGGUGCAGCUUAAUACUGGCUUGAUGCACCACGUUUACGAAGAAGUGGCAUCCGCCACAGUAAUGCACUUUCUGCAGGGUUUUCGCGAGGAUGGGAACGAGGUAAGCAAUCAAACCGACGAACUAUGCCGAAAGCUUGACGCGGCGGACGUUUAUAAGACAGUCAACGAACAUCCUUACAUUUGUUACAGUUGCCUAAUAGAGCAAUCUAAACAAUACUAUUCAUAUAGAACUUGAAAUAUUCAAUUUUUUUACUACUGUGGUAAUAUUGGAAACGCACCUAGCCGGUCUAUUGACAGAGGUAAGCAGUUUGGUAAUGCAGUAAAGCAUGAAAAUAUAUCGGUUGAAGAGAAGCAACCACAUGACUUAGUUACAAACAUGAGUAGUAAAUAAAGCUAAGAAAAAUUUCAGGCCUCAUUGUGGGCUAUGCAAAGUGUAGAAAGCAAAUAAAUGACGAAUGUACUGCGUGAAAGGAUUAAUGUGCCACGUGACUGCAGCGUUAGUGAACCAUUUCACUAAAGGUUCAGCCAUAGCGUGGCAAGCAAACACAGCAACAAGUACAAAUUUGUAAGAUCAUUAUUAAUUAUGAAUUAUCAGACAGUGCCAUGCUAAUUUAAGGGUAUUUAAAGAUACAGAAAUAUAUCUUUAGGUACGGUAACUUUCAGAGACAGAUAACAAAUGAAAAGCAGAGAGGCGAACCAAAUUAUUUGCCCAGCUGGCUGCUCUGCAUAGAGGCAUGGACAAAGACUGAAAAGAUGAGAAGAAAAUAAAAAUUUCUGUUCACACACCAUAAUUUUUGAAGCUG